AUGAUCUUUAUGGAAGAAGAAGAACCAACCGAUCAGUUUAUAUGUGCUGUCAUUAAAUUUAAACAUGGUGGUGGUGGUAUAAACAAAUACAUAGAGAGUGAAACAACAAAACAAAAAGUGAUACCAUGGUUGCUCUAUCUUGUUUCAAAUGGUAUGCCUCCAACCUACAAUCCCAAUAAAAGGAAACUUGAUAGCACUGCCUCAAAGCCUAACGCUCACCCAAUCAUUGAAAAUGAAGCAAUCCAUACACUGAGUUGGACGAUAACCUUCAAUAAUACAUCGUCACAACUUAAACAAAGAGUAAAGCAAGUUGUCUUGGAAUAUUUAAAGAAACAAACCAUUAGCUAUGAUGAUGAUGAUGACGACGAUUAUUCAAUUACUCGCAAGACCGAUGCAAUUAUAAGGAUCGCAAGUUCAAUGCAAAAUUAUGGCAAGAAGUUAGAAUGGGAUGAAUUGAUUGAAUUUAUAAACAAUGCAAUGAAACAUGACAAUAAGAAUCUUAGAGAUAUUUCCUUCAUGUUGAUGUUUCAAUUUAUAAAAAAAGAGAUGGUAAAGGGAAAGAUUGAUAUCAAGUUGGCUGUUGUCGAAGGUUUAAAGUUGGAUCGUGAACCUAUUCGUGAGGUAAUAUCAAAAUGUUUCAAAGACUAUUUAUUUGUUGGUGAUGCUAUAAAAACCAUUGCAUCAUCAUUAUCGAUACGAGAAGAAAGAGAAAGUAUGUGUCAAGUGUUCAUUUCGCAUUUCCUUUUGUAUUUCCACGAUUCAUCAAGACGCACAGCAUAUUGCAACCAACAUAUAUUCGAGGAUCACAAAGAAGAAUUAUUCGAUAUCAUAUUGGCUACAUUUGAUUCAAAAUCAAUUGGAUCACUAUCAGAUACAUUAAAAAAGAUAAGAUCAAUUAUUCCCAAAUUGGAUUGUUCAAGAUUAGUCAUGCCUCUUGUUCAACUAUUCAAACCUCCUCAUAUCGUUGGAACAGAUGAAUAUAGAAUAGUAAUAGAUAUACUCUGUCUCAUUUAUCCAAAUAUUCCCAAGAAACUUGUUUCAAGAUCCAUUCACCAAUUAUUCAAAUAUACAAUCACCGCCAAAGAGGAUCAAGUUUUCAAUCUCUUGGACUUGAAGAAUGUGAUUCGAUUCUCAAGAGAUGUCAUGCCAGUCUACCUUUCACAAUUUCUAAAGCAUAUUUAUGUUAAAUUGGACAUUGACAAAGAUGAUACAAUAUACAAGAUAAAGGAUGAUGAAAAAGGUGACUACAAAGAUGGAGAAGAUGAAGAAGAAUAUGAAGAUGAAGAUGAAGAUGAAGAUGAAUAUGAAAAUGAAUAUGAAGAUGAAGAUGAAUAUGAAGAUGAUAAUGGCGAUUGUGAUGAUGAAGAAGAAGAUGAUGAUGAUGAAGAAGAAGAAGAGCUAGUAGUGGGAGAAGAUCAAGUGGAAAUUCGAAACAAUCUUUUAUUGUUAAACGAGAUUGUCAAAGUGGUUUCAUUGUCGAAUAUUUAUCCCUAUGCACUGGUGUUGGCCAAAUCUCUUACCAAAUACCAAAACAGGACAUCGUCAUUAAUCAUCCCACAUCUAUUUUCGUCGGUGUGCCACAAAGAAACGAUUCACGAAAUGGUGGAUGAUAAACAAAAUGUUAUCUUGGGCAUCUUUGACCGGUUCUUUAGACCAAUGCAUCACAAUCAUAUUGCUCCGUUUAAUUUUCACAAUGAAGAUGUACGCGUCCCCUCCUAUAUCGAAAUGACAUCAACUCUCCAUCACCUAAUUGACUCGGUGGGAAAACGCGUAAUGGGCGAUAGCCAACUAUUCUAUGUUUUGGAUGAAUCGCUUUCAAUGUUUGCGGAUUUACAACAGGCUUAUUUCAAGCGCAAAAAUCCCACCAAAGGGAACCAAUAUUUUGAAACGAUCGAGUAUCUUGGAGCCUGGAGCAGCACUUGCCACCUAAUCUUCAAAAUAAUGCAACUCGAUGGAAUUCGAGUAUUAUACGACGAUUUACCCUCGUUACCAGAAAUAAUAACGAAAUUAGUCAGUGACUUACAAAAAGCAAAGAAUGGGAAACACUCAGAGAGUUUUUAUCCAAAAUUGGCAGUCUUUGGUGGUUCUAUUUUAUAUAUCUUCAAGAAAUGUAAAGUUUUUAAGAUACGAUUGGACAAGGAUUGGUUCAAGAUAGAACAUGCUCGAUCCAUAAUGGUGGAUCUUGCGGAUUUUGUAGAUCCACAAAAUUCGGGCUGUACCUAUUCAGACGAGAUGAUAAUGAUCAUCGAAAGAAUAAUGGCGUUCGUUGAACAUUACAUAUCAUUUGCUCCUGUAAUUUGUGGUGAAGGGCUCUACACAACAAACCAGAAACCUAAUGCAUGUUGUUCGUCAACUCAUUGCAAAGAAAAAAACUAUUCACAAUCCUUUUAG